AUGCGCCCCAGCCACCACGAGUUACAGUGUAAUGUUGUGCGUGCUGACCGGAGAUGGACAAGCAGUACCACCUCUACUACUACUACUACUACUACGACCACCACCAUGUCCGCCCCCAUUCAAAACAUAGUCGUUCAAAGAGCGACUUUUCUGGCCCCAGCUGCCCCCAACUCCGUCCCCGCCGGCAAGGCUCGUGCGCUUCGGCGCAAGGAGAAGAAGAAGGUGAAGGCGAAGAAGGUCGAGAAGAAGAAAUUGGAGAAUGGGAGCGCCUCCGUCAAGGAGUUGUUGGACGAGGCUGAACGCCUCGAUAAGGCCGCUGCUGUCGAGGAGGAGGAAGCCAGGAAGAAAAGGGCCCGCGCCGUGAAGCUGCGGGCGGCGGCGGCGGCGGCGGCGAAGGGGGAGGGGGAGGGGAGCGAGAAGGAGCAGAAGGAGGAGAAGGAAGAAGAGGAGGAGGAGGAGGAGGAGGAGGAUUUGCCGCUUCGUUUGAAGGAGGAGGUUGAUAUGAUCGUCGAAUAG